AUGCCUUCCUCAAAGGUCUUUGCAGCCAUCUUGGCUGCUUUGGCCGUGGCCGACGCCAGCCCUUGUAAGCCCAAGCCUGUCACAACGAGUGGUUCAACCGCUGCUGUUGUGACUACUUCUGGCUCAACCGACAUUCUUUCUUCUACUGCUACUACUGAGACUGCUGCUACCACCACCACUGAGGCUGCUUGCUCUCACUACACUCCUUACACUGAGAUCGUCCCCGCCGAUUGCGGUAAGACUGGUGUUGCACCCAACUGCGCCGACAAGGUCAUUGGAUCUCCUAUCACUGUUACCGACUAUGCUCAGUGUGGUAACACCUGCGGCAUGACUGUUGGCUGCAAGUCAUUCUCCAUCAAGGGCUCUUCUUGCACUCUGUACAAUGCCCUCGUUUCUUCACUCGGAUAUACGUUCAGCGAGGGCUCCGAUGCUAGCCACUUCUAUGACCUCGACCUUUGCUUCGGAUGUGGUGAGGGUACAACUACCUCUGGUACUGAGACUGCUACUGGAUCUCAGACUACUGGAACCGAGACUGGAACCUCCGCUACUGGUUCUGCUACCGAGACCACUGGUACUGCUUCAGCUGGAACUACAACUACUACCGGCUCAGAGACAGAGACUUCAGCUACUGGUUCCGAGACAGGAACAACAACUGCCACAGGCUCUGAGACCGAAACCUCUGGUACAACCCAUGCUACAGGCACAACCGACACUGAGACCUCAGCCACUGGCUCUCAAACUGAGACCACAACUGCUCCUGGCGCUACCACUGAGACCUCAGCUACCGAGACCCUCACAGCCAACACAGACACAACAACAGCCGCUGCCACAACUACAACCUCCGCCGGCUGCACAGCCUACACACAAGUUGCCAACCCCCCCUACAACAACUGCAACGUUAGGGGCUCGGCAAGUGGUGGUGCCUCCAUGAGUCAACUCGCAACCUACGGCAACACCGCCAGUGUCAACGACUGUGCCCUUAAAUGUGCUAACUACCACGAUGCCACCAAGCCCAACGACAAGUGUCUCUCCUUCGCCCUAGACGGGUCCAACACUUGCUAUGUCUACAGUGUUCCUGUUAGCACCCUGGGCAUCAACCGCAGUGGCCUUCCCGCUUGGGAGUUUAAUGAUCUGGAUGCUUGUUACUCUUGUGAUGAAGGUGCUGCUACUACCACCACUGCUGCUGGUGUUGACACUACUACUACUGCCGAGACUCGCUCAGAGACUGGUUCUACCACCGAAGCUGCUGGAUCUACAACCACGACUGAGGUUGGCUCUGACACAACUACCACCACUGCUGCCGUCGAGUCUUCUACCACUGAAGCUGCCACAACAACAACCUCCGCUGGCUGCACAGCCUAUACCCCCGUCGCCAACCCACCCGCUGCCAACUGCGCCGUCCGAGGUGCUCCCCAGGGCAUGAGUGCCUUCUUCAAUAACCUCGCAGGCCUUGGUGACUCCAAUAUCGAGGACUGUGCUCGCAGCUGCGGCGUCUACCAUGACACCACCAAGCCCAGCGACAAGUGUGUCUCGUUCGCUCUGGAUGAGAGCCAUACCUGCUAUCUGUACAAGGUUCCCGUCAGCGGUUUGAAUGUUGAUGCUACUAGUACUCCUGUCUUGGAGUUUUACGACUUUGAAGCUUGCUAUUCUUGUGACGAGGGUGGUGCUACUACUACUACUGAGAGCGGAACAACUACUACUGAGGAGUCGGGAUCGUCCACUACUGAGGCUAUUGUUGGAUCUACUACUACUACUGAGGCUGGAUCUGGUACCACUACCACAACAGCCGCUGGUGUCGAUACCACUGCUACCACUACCACCGAAGCUGGCGCCGAGUCUUCCACUACUGAAGCUGCUUCCACCACCACCGACUCCGUCUGUACCGGCUACACUCCCGUCCCUAACCCUCCUAGCACCAACUGCGCUGUCAAGGGAAAGACCUACAAGACCUACAUCUCCACCGACACUGGUAGCAGCGCCGAUGUGUGUGCUAGCAAGUGUAGUGAGGUCUCUGGCUGCAAGACCUUCGCUUACAAGGCUUCUUCAUCCACUUGCACUUUCUACACUCAAACUGUGAGCGAGCUUCAGAUCAACAACUGUGCUUCUGCCGAGGAGUCUGAGUUCUAUGAGUUUGAGAUCUGCUAUGCUGGUUGCGGUCAGGCUACUACCACCACUGAGGCUGCUGGUUCUACCACGACAACUGAGACUGGUAUUGAGACUACUGCUACCACUACUACUGCGGCCGGUGAGGGAUCUACAACCACCACCGAAGCUGCUGUUGCUUCUACAACUACCACCGAGGCUGGUGAGGCUUCAACCACUACAACUGAAGCUGGCGCUGCUUCAACCACCACCACUGAGGCCGGUGUUGCUCCCACAACUACAACUGAAGCUGCUUCUACCACUGAGGCUCCUACAACCACCACAACCGAAGCUCAGUCCACCACCGAAGCUCCCACCACAACCACCGAAGCCCCCGUCUGCACCAACUACAUCCCCCUCCCCAACGCCCCCUCAACCUGCGGCAAGCAAGGCAAGGUCUCCUGCCGCUCCACCCAGAAGCUCGGCCAGGCCACAUCCGUCACCGACGUCAACGCCUGCGGCAAGCUCUGCGGCACAACCCUCACCUGCAAGACCUUCUCCUACACCCCCAAGUUCCGCAGCACCGGCGGUUACUGCCAGCUCUACUCCGCACCCCUGGCCCAGCUCAGCUUCACACCCUGCAACACGGGCGUCAAGUUCUACGACCUCGAUACCUGCUACACCUGCUCCAACACUCCCACGCCUACACCCCCUGCUACGUGCUCCAAGUACGUCCCUGCGUUUGAGAAGUGCGCCAAGGACACGCACUGCGGCACGCGCGGUGAGAUCUGUCAGGAGGAGAAGAUCAAUGUCGUGGGCGAUGCGUCGUGCCUCGAGAACUGUGCCAAGAGCUGUAUCGACUAUGGCAAGGAGUGCAAGUACUUCAGCUACCAGCCUGCGUUCUACAACAGUGCUGCCAAGUGUACGCUGUACAAGAGCGGCAAGAUCAACAAGAAGAGCACUUCUUGGGUCAAGUUCUACGAGCAGGAUUGCUUCAAGUGCCAGCAGUCCAAGUAA